AUGGUGUGGGAAGCUCCCGUAGUGGAGGUGUUUAUGGUUGGCCGGAGCGAAAUAAUAAGCACAAUACCUGGAAGGCUAAUUCCAGGUGGGGGAACUUUGAGGCAUAACAGUGCUAUGAAUCAGUUUCUAGAAGUGGUGGAAGAGUGUGCUUUAGUUGAUUUGGGUUAUUGCGGCCGCAAAAUCACAUGGACAAAUGGCCAAAGGGGUGUGAACAAUAUAGGAGAACGAUUGGAUAGAGCAUUGGCAAAUGAAAAGUGGUGUUUGUCCUUUUCAUUCUUUCGGGUGCAACAUUUAGUCCGUAUGAAAUCUAACCACUCUCCAGUGCUAUUGAAUUUUGAAGUUGAGAGAAGCAACGUCAAGGAUGGGUGGACUGGCCAAACUUUUGGGGAAAAAGUGCAAACAUGUGGAGAUAAUUUAGUGCAGUGGGAUCGAGUGGCUUUUGGUAGUGUGAAGCGAAAACUAGAUAUUUUAAGGAGGAAAUUGGAGAAGGUCCAACAAAGGGAGCAUUCAGACUCGAAUUUGUCAGAAUAG